GCCGUUCGGGAUAACAAACCUCGCGAAGCACCACACGAGGGAAGCGUUCCAUCAGUGGAGAAUUGAAGUUGUGGGCCGAAAUAUGGAAUCAGAAUGGAUUUGCUUCGCAGGUCCGUGUGAUGCUCUUUAUGACGGAAUGGGGAGCCUUGAGACCAGUGCUGGACUUGUGGUCGCAGUGGACUUGGUAUCCCGAUACCGGGCAAGCCUUGGGUGGAGGCUGGCGUCAUGGCUGUCACUAGGGACACGCAUUGGGUUGCUUUACGCAGAUCGUUCGACGGACGAGUGCUGGGAGCGUUCGCCUCUAUUUGGCAAGAGGACGCGAGUUUCAGAUGGACGUUGUCUCGGAAAAAGAUGCAAUGGGCAAAUUUCGCCGGUGGGCAAAAUCAGAACCGCAGGAAAAGUAAAUGUACCACCGACUGUUCACCUCCGGCAACGCUACCAUGCGGAAGACAUUGAAUGCAGGGCGCAAGGCAUCUCGAAAUGCCCCACUCGUGUGACCCACGACAGGAUGGAAAUGCAUCGGCCAACAGGAACGAAAGGGGUCAAUAUAUUGCGCUCCAGGUAUUCGCAUUUAGAUGAGGCGAGGCGUCCGAAUAUGUGUAUGCGCUUGCGUUUGGACAGCGACAAUACCGCAUCAGUUAUGAUGGCCAGCCCAGGAUGCGGAGAUACGGACGGUUCCAGUCAAAGCGGCAUUAUCCACCUCAUGUCUUCUGUGGAUAGAACAUGCUUACCGGCUGCUGUUGCCUAUGCUCGACAUGGUGCCAUACGCCACAGGUCGCCUUCCCCAUUUGAACUGCGCGAAGGGCGAAGUGUCGGGAAACGGCGGAAGGUCGUACUUCGCUGUUCCGCACCAAGUCGCUCAGGCUGUAUCGGAACGACAUGCCGGAGAGCAAUUGAAUCCAGACAAUGAAGAUACAUUCGACACCUGAUCACUUCGCUUCGCACCCUUCACUUCCGGGUCGACUGGAAGACUGUCGAGACCAGGGCCAGUGAUGGUAUUGUGAGACGCGCGCCCGUCCGCCCAUAAAGCUUGCCGUUCCAAGCAUCCUCAACGGUCAGAAUCUGGAGCCCGGCCGAGGGACCUUAGACGGCGUUCACUGGGAACCGCUUAGCCUAUUGGAUCUUUCGGGCAACGCGUUGGGCGCGGUUGCGAUGACCUCCUCAACUUGAUUGAUAACUGCUGGACUGAUGCAGGGGAGGACUGGUUGCAGACUCAC